AUGGAUCACCUGGCUGAUGAGCGCGCGAAUGCAACGUUCGACGUGAGCGAGAUGAGCGCCGUGGUGUGGAACGGUCAGGAUCGCGUGGAUCGCCUGAAGCGCAUGGCGCAGCUCGUCGCGCAGGACCCGGUGUUUUCUCGCACGGACGGCUCGCACCUGACGCGGCCGCAGGCGAUGAAGCGGUCGCUGCAGAAGGCGGCGCACAUGAUCAAGCGCGUCGAGGAGCUCGAGCUCAACGAGGAGGAGCGCUACCUAUUCAAGCUUAUGGUCGACGAUAUCAACUUCUCUGACCUGCACUCGUACAUGUUCAUCCCCGCUAUAGAGGGGCAGGGCACGGAGGAGCAGGGGCGCGAGUGGCUGCCCAAGGCGCGGGCGUUUGAGUGGAUCGGGUGCUAUGCACAGACGGAGCUGGGGCACGGGAGCAACGUGCAGGGACUCGAGACCACGGCCACUUAUGUGCCUGAGACUGAUGAGUGGGACGUGCACACGCCCACCAUCACCGCCACCAAGUGGUGGCCGGGCGGGCUGGGCAAGGCGUCUAACCACGCGGUGGUGUAUGCGAGGCUCAUCAGCAAGGGCAAGGACCACGGCGUGCAUGCCUUCCUGGUGCCCAUUCGCAGUCUGAGCGACCACAAGCCGCUGCCGGGAGUGACGGUGGGCGACAUAGGGCCCAAGUUCGGCAACAUGGGGUACAACACCAUGGACAACGGCUUCCUCGCCUUCUCCCACGUGCGCAUCCCGCGCACCAACAUGCUCAUGCGCUAUGCCAGCGUUGACCGUUCGGGAGACUACCACCGCGGCAGCGCAGCAUCGCGGCAGCUGGCGUACGGCGCGAUGGUGUUUGUGCGGCGCUCCAUCGUGAUGGAGUCGGGGGUCGCUCUCGGCCGCGCCGUCACCAUCGCCGCGCGCUACUCGUGCGUGCGGAGGCAGUUCGGCACCAGCGAAGGGGACGCGGAGAGCAAGGUGAUGGACUAUCAGACGCAGCAGAUGCGUCUUCUCCCUUUGAUCGCGUCCGCGUACGCGUUCCUGUUCGCGGGCAAGUGGAUGGCGGAGCUGUACAGCGACGUGGUGGCGCGCAUCAAGAGGGGGGAUUACUCCACCCUGCCUGAAGUGCAUGCUGCUACGGCUGGACUCAAGGCGCUCACCACUGCUGCCACUGCGGAGGGCAUAGAGGAGUGUCGCAAGCUGUGUGGAGGGCACGGGUACUCGCUCUUCUCCGCCCUGCCUCAGCUCUAUGCUGCCUUUGUGCCCACCUGCACGUACGAGGGGGACAACACCGUGCUGCUGCUGCAGGUAGCGCGGUACCUGCUCAAGGCAGUGAGCCAGGCGUCAGAGGGCAAGAGGCCGGGGGGCACGGCAGCAUACCUGGGUGAUGCCAACAACCUCACCGCCAAGUGCAACGCUGGCUCUGCCUCUGACUUCCUCCAGACAUCCACACAGCUUGCAGCGCUGCAGGCGUGUGCAUUCCAAAAGGCUGUUGCUGCUGCCACCGCCGUUGCUGCCGCUCCUUCUCUUGAAAAAGGCUUCCUCGACAACAGUGUGGCGCUCACAUCGGCCUCCGCCGCCCACUGCCGUCUCAUAUCUGCUGCCAAGUUUGUGGAGCGAGUGCAGGAGCUGAGGGACGCAGGGCUGACCAGCCAAGGAGUGCUGGAUGCGUUGCAGCUGCUGUGCGACCUGUACUGCCUGCACCUCGUAGACGCCUCUGCUGGUGACCUCGUGGCUGGGGAGUACUUCAGCCCGGACCACCCUGCCCUCGUGCGCCAGCAGCUGCUCGCCCUGCUGCCCCAGGUGCGGCGCAUCGCAGUGCCAUUGGUGGACGCGUUUCAGUUUUCGGAUCAUUUCCUCAACUCCUCCCUCGGCCGAUUCAAUGGCGAUGUCUACACUGACCUUGUCAGCCGGGCCACUGCGGAUCCUAUGAACACCCCAGAUGUCAUCGAUGGUUACGAAGAGUUCCUUCGCCCGUUUAUCACACGCCAGGCUGCACGUCUCCUGGAGUUUGUUCGAACCAUCGAGUACGCCGAGCCAUCCGCAGUGCGCCAGUGGCUCUCCUACUGGGUCCUCUUCUCCAUCGUCUCCACCAUAGAGCAUUUCCUCGCGCCCAUUUUGUCCUGGAUACCUCUCUAUUCGCUAGCGAAGCUGGCUGGUUUCGCAUGGCUGGUGUUACCCAAAUACCAUGGCGCGGCCCUCAUCUAUGAUACGUUCGUUCAUCCAUUCCACGUCAAGGCUCUUGGUCGCGCACGCGUGCGCAGGCUCAAGGGGAAGCGCGAGCGGGAGGGGGAAGGUCCUCUGGAGGGGAGGACGGCUGCGGGGGCUUCUGAGGGGGUUUCAGCGGAAGGGACUGGAGUCGGAGGGGGGAUGGGGGAGUGGGCUCCGGAGGAGAAACGGGUGGUUGAGUCUUUGAAUGCGCCUACACGCCAGGCGAUGGUUGAGUUUGUGAACGAUAAUGGGUUACCUGCUUUUGUUGCUCUGCUUGUGGAGGGGAACAAGCAAGCACGCAAGGGACGCUCGCCUGCAUUGGGCGAUGACCUUGAGACAAGGCUGCGUGAAAAGGCAGAUUUGCCCUUGGAAGGGCACAAGAGCACUGGAUCUAAGCCAGCACCUGAUGUGGUUUCUGGGCUCUCAAAGCGAAGGGCAUACAACCCAAGCUCUGAAGACACUACUGUGGAGGGAGGAUCUGCUACAACAGAUGAGCAGAGGACGAAUGCUACGUCCAUUGGGGCUUGA